AUGCCCUGGCUAGGGAGGCUGGAACUGCUGCUGCUGGCCGGCUGCCUGGGAGUCCAAGGCCUGAACCAGGAAGAGAAGCUGCUGGAUGACUUGAUGAGAAAUUAUAACCCAAACCUUCGGCCAGCUGAGAUGGACUCAGAUGUCAUCAAUGUCAGCCUAAAGCUCACCCUCACCAACCUCAUAUCCUUGAAUGAACGGGAGGAGGCACUCACCACCAAUGUCUGGAUAGAGAUGCAAUGGUGUGAUUACCGCCUGCGCUGGGACCCCGGAGACUAUGAGGACGUGUGGGUGCUGAGAAUCCCCUCCACCAUGGUCUGGAGGCCAGAUGUCGUUCUGGAGAACAAUGUGGACGGCGUGUUUGAAGUGGCCCUGUACUGCAACGUCCUCGUCUCCCCCAACGGCUGCAUCUACUGGCUCCCGCCGGCCAUCUUCCGCUCCUCCUGCCCGGUCACCGUCACCUACUUCCCCUUCGACUGGCAGAACUGCUCCCUGGUUUUCCAGUCCCAGACCUACAGCUCAAAUGAAAUCGAUUUGCAGUUGAGUAAGGAAGAUGGCCAGACGGUUGAGUGGAUUUUCAUCGACCCUGAAGCCUUCACUGAAAACGGGGAGUGGGCCAUCAAGCACCGCCCUGCCAAGAGGCUUCUGGAUCCCCUGGCAUCCCCAGGGGAAGCCGGGCACCAGCGGGUGGUCUUCUACUUGCUCAUUCAGCGGAAGCCCCUUUUCUACAUCAUCAAUAUCAUUGCUCCCUGUGUGCUCAUCUCCUCACUGGCCAUCCUCAUCUACUUCCUGCCUGCCAAAGCCGGGGGGCAGAAGUGUACUGUCUCCAUCAAUGUCCUGCUUGCCCAGACCGUCUUCCUCUUCCUGGUGGCCAAGAAGGUACCCGAGACCUCUCAGGCUGUGCCCCUCAUUAGCAAGUACCUGACUUUCUUGCUGGUGGUGACCAUCCUAAUUGUGGUGAACGCUGUGAUCGUCCUUAACGUCUCACUCAGAUCACCCCACACUCACUCCAUGGCUGGAGGGGUCCGAAGGGUGUUCCUGUACCUACUGCCUCGACUCCUCAAGAUGCACAUGAGACCCUUGGGCUCCCUGGCCCCCAGACGCCUCACCCGAUACCUCCAGAAUGGCUCUUCUGUGGGGUCAGGGUUUGCUAGAGAGGAGGCUGCCCCGUGGAUGCCAUGUACCGAGCUUGUGUUCCAGCAGCGAUGGCAAAGGGAUGGGCUGGUGAAGGCUGCCCUGGAGAAGAUAGGGAAUGGUCUGGAGUCUGGACACAGUCAGGAAUUCUGUGCCAGCCUAAAGCAGGCAGCUCCUGCCAUCCAGGCCUGUGUGGAUGCCUGCAACCACAUCGCCUGGACCAGGAGACAGCAGAGACGCUUCGCCAACGAGAAUGAAGAAUGGAUGCUGGUGGGCCGAGUUCUGGACCGAGUCUGCUUUCUGGCCAUGAUUAUCCUUUUCUUCUGCGGUACCAUCGGCAUCUUUGUCCUGGCCCACUACAACCAGGUCCCUGCUCUCCCUUUCCCAGGAGAUCCCCGCACCUACCUGCCUUAGCUGUGGCAGUGGGGACGGGGGCUGCUGGGCCAUCGAUGGGCCAUCGAUGGCCCCCCUCUGCCAG